UAUGGACAAACUUCCAGAGCCGGAAAUUGAUUACGAUGAUGAAAGUGAUGAUUGGACCGAUGAAGAUCAGCAAGUAAAAGACUCCAAAAUAAAAGUUGUAUCAAAUCUAUGUCCUAUUGUGGAAAAUAGAGAAAGUAAUGACGAUAAACAAACUAAAAAUGAAAGAGAAUUUAUAGAAAUAAAAGAUAUCGACGGAAAAGGAGAAGAAAAAGACGAAGCGGAUCAACCUGAUGAAGAACUACCUGAAAUUAUUGUUCAAACAAAUACAAACGAAGAUGGGAAGGAUAAACAGCCAUCUUCUUUAAAUUUACAUGAAAAUGUCGAUUUAUUAAAUUCAAUCGCAAAAAUGAUAAACGGAAAAAGGAGAUCUUUCAAAAUGAAAAGGAGAAGAUCGAAGAAAGUUGCUGUGGAAGAUAAGGAUUCCUGCCUAGAAAUGUAUAACGAAGAAAGACAACAACUGGAUGAAUCACAGAUAUUCGAGAAUAUUCAAUUGCAGAAGGAAAUUAUUAGUAGUGUAAGAUCUGAACCAUGGCAACUAGUUAAAAAAUAUCAAACGGUCAAAUUAGCCAAGUCCUAUGUUGAAAGAUAUGAGGGCAAACUUUCCAAAAGUCACGGAUAUCAGGAAGCUGGAGCAAAGAUAUGGCAUCGAAUCAAGAGAAUUAUGAGCAAUAUCAUAGUCAUCUUCAUACCUUGGGAAAUGAGGAUCAAAACAAUAGAAAGUCACUUUGGUUCUGUUGUCGCAUCCUAUUUUACUUUUGCGAGGUGGCUAUUCUGGGUUAAUUUCAUGUUUGCAGUUGUUACAAUAAGCUUUAUAGUUGUUCCUGAAAUAAUCGUUGGUGAAGAUCAAGGUACAGCACUAAAGACUGUUCCACCAGAAGAGAAAGAUCAGGCUUUGGAUUUGGCAAGUAUCUGGGAUUUUGAAGGAUAUUUAAAGUAUUCGCCAUUAUUUUACGGCUAUUACGGAAAUACUGAAAUGGUAGGCGGGUUCUACCGAGGCCCUUUGGCCUAUUUUCUCACUGGAAUAUCAAUUUUUGUUCUAAGUUUCGUUGUUGUUCUAUUAAAGAUGUCUUCAAAUGCCAGUCUAAGCAGAAAUUAUACCAGCAUUGGCCAAUUAAACUUCACCUGGAAGGCAUUCGCAUCUUGGGACUACACAAUUGGAAAUGCCGAGACUGCCAAGAAUAAAACGGCUGAAAUAGUAACUGUUCUUAGGGAGACAAUAAUAGAAGAAAAGGAGAGGCAGAGAAGUGAAAGAAAGGGUAUUCUAAUAUUGUUAAGGAUCUGGGCAAACUUUAUUGUAGUUUUAGUUUUGGCAUCAAGCGCUUACGCAAUCUAUCUUGUUGUUGAAAGAUCAAGACAAUUUGAAAAGGAUAAAGAAAAUGGCGUAGAAGUUAAUUGGUGGCAACAAAAUGAGGUAUCGAUUGUUAUGUCUCUAAUUACCGCGCUUUUUCCAUCAAUUUUUGAAAUUUUGGGAAUGAUUGAAAAGUACCAUCCAAGAAUCAAUUUGAGAUGGUCUUUAGCGAGGAUAUUAGUGUUAUAUCUACUAAAUUUAUAUACACUGACGGUCGCUCUCUAUGGUAAAAUAGUUAAUAAGAGAGAUGAUUUCGCAAAUAGAGUCUCACCAACGAGUUCUUUUAAUGAAACAACAACUUUAAGAGAAGAUAAAUCAAAACUCAUUUGUUGGGAAACUAUGGUUGGUCAAGAGUUUUUUAAAUUAACGGUUUUUGAUCUUUUUAUUACACUUGGUAUGAUCUUCGUUAUUGAUUUUCUCCGAGAUCUUAUCGUUAGAUAUGCAAAUGGUUCAUGUUGUUGGGAUUUGGAAAAGAAGUUUCCGGAGUAUGGCGAAUUUAAGUUAGCUGAAAAUAUACUGCAUUUAAUCUAUAAUCAGGCAAUGAUUUGGAUGGGAAUGUUCUUUGCCCCUCUCCUGGCUGUUGGAAACUUAAUUAAGAUAGUUAUUCUCUUCUACGUUCGUUCAUGGGCUGUUCUAGUUUGUAAUAUACCCUUGGAAAGGGUUUUCAAAGUUUCCAAAUCCAAUAACUUUUACUUUGUCUUACUACUGAUUAUGUUGUUUCUGGUUUGUUUACCAGUAGCCUUCUUACUCGUUCAAUUAAGACCAUCUCCAGAUUGUGGCCCACUAAGGUUUGAUUAUGAGAGAUCUUACUACGUUCUGACUUCAACAAUAGUUAAAGAAUUCCCCGAGUUUAUAACGAAAAUUCUAGAUUAUAUAGCAUCACCAGGGAUAAUCUGCCCUUUAAUUGUCUUACUGAUAAUGAUCAUUCAAUACUUAUAUUCAUUGUCGAGAUCUUUAAGAACCGUUAAUAAUGAUCUAAAAGCUCAAUUGCAAGAGAGAUUUGUUCCGAAAACACGCUAG